AUGGAUAGUUAUAACGUUAAUGCCUGUGACAUCGUAAACUGCGGAAAAGGGAGUUGCCGAGAGACGGAUAGUUCACUGUUCGGCUUCGAUUGCGAUUGCACGCUUAGCUCCGAUUGCGGACCGGGGAGUCCUUCGCCGCCAACACUGCCACGACCGGAGUUUAAUUUGACCGACCCUUGUAGCUAUACUUGGUGCGGUGACGGAAGCUGUAAGACGAAUGGGAAUAGCUACGAAUGCGAUUGCAAUGCGGACUCCGAUAAUUUUCUCAAUGCCACAGCCUUACCAUGCUUCAAAGAAUGUUCUCUAGGAGCGGAUUGCCACCAUCUCGGCACGCCGCCGCCGUCCGACCAGUCAUCAUCUCCUAUCAAAGAUAGUUGGACAUUGUUAAUUUUAGGUGCUUUGUUUCUCCCAUUGAUACAAUUGUGA